AUGGCUUCUUCGAGCGAACGUUACGACAUCAUCUUCCUCGCUAAGCUUGCCGCCCAAGCCGAACGCUAUGAUGAUAUGAUCGAUACAAUGAAGAAAUUGGUGAAAUUUAACAUUGAUUUAACAGUCGAAGAGCGUAAUCUCCUUUCAACGGCAUACAAGAAAGUGACCGAGCCAAAGAGAGAAUCAUGGAAACUUCUCUCAAUAACUGAGAAGGAGGAGGAUACAAUAUACAAAAACGAAACGUACAUGAAGUGUAUUCAAGAUUAUCGUAAUAUAGUCGAGUCGGACCUUGCUAACAUUUGCUAUGACGUUAUAAGCCUAAUUGACGAUCAUCUCCUUCCUUUUGCGUCUAGCACUGAAUCCUACGUCUUUUACUUAAAGAUGUGA